GUCAUGGCUGCUGCGGACGGGAGCAUGGUGGACGUGCCCGACGUCGUGGACAACGCCCUCCGCCACAUCGCCUCGAAGCAGGGCUUCAAGAAGCCACAGUUCAACGUGACGUCUGGGUCCAGAAAUCGUGAUGGCUUCAUGAGCACACUGUACCGCUGCGUCAUACGGGAUGAGGACUCGGCGCGACCCGCGGAGCUGAAAAUCAUGGUGAAGAUCUCCAGGGAGGGCAUGGAGACCAUGAUGUCGAAUCUUUUCGGCGUGGAGGGCCUGGUGUACGAGACUCUGAUACCCGCCCAGGAGAAGCUGGCGGGUCUGCGCGAGCCGCUGCCCUGGCCCAAGUGCUACUUUUCGGCCGUGAAGGGCUCACACCCUUACUGCCUUGCACUCGAGGACUUCGGCCCCGAGGGCUUCGUAAACGCUGACAGGAGCAAAGGCCUGGACGCAGCCCACAUGCGGCUUGCACUCGAACAGCUCGGCAAGUUCCAUGGCGCGUCCAUGGCCCUGGUGCGGUUGCGCCCCGAACUGUUCAAGACCAUCGAAGACCAGGUGCCAAACCUCCCUAGUAGCGCCAAUGCGCCUUCAUCGCACAUUAAACGCGCAUUACUGAGAGCAUUGAAUGCGCAUAUCUAAUGCGCAUUAAAAUGCGCCUCGAAUGUAACACAUUAUCAACGCAUAUAAUGCGCUGUCAUAAUGCGCAUUGAGAUAACGCAUUUUAUGCGCAUUUCAAAAGCAGAUCGAAUGUGGAACAUCCACGAGCAUUUUAAUGCGCACAUAAUGCACUCUAUACGCGCAUUAGUGACAUAAGAUGCUUUAGGUCAAGUUCGAAUUUCUUUCACGAUGCCUCAUACAGGUCAGGUUCGUUGAACACGCCACGCCAGCCCACAUUGACAAAUAGAAAAAUCCUACUUUGUCCCACACCUUUAGAUAAAGCGUACAGACAACGUACGGUGGAGGUACCUCUGCGAUAGCUAACUAAACGGUCGUGGCGGAUCAUCAGCGAGAGCCAAUGUUUUGGCGGGAACGCUUUUCGGUCAAAGUUUUCAAUAGGAUUUUUUAAAUACGCGUUGAAGGCGAGUGCUAUGCACUUUUCGAAUGCACAUUAUGGACGCAUGUGCAAUGCACAUUGUAGGUGUACUACCAUGCGCGUUCAUCGUGCGCCUUUAAUGCGAGUGCUAUGCACAUUUUAGAAUGCGCAUUGCGGAUGCAUGUUCAAUGCGCGUUACAUAAAGUGCAUGUAUUGCGCAUUAAAUGCGCAUUAAGAAUAUGCAUUUGAGAUGCAUUAUUAAUGCGCAUAUAUAAUGCGCAUUUAUUGCGGGUGAAAUGCGCCUUCGUGAAUGCGCAUUGAGGGUGCAUGUUUGAUGCGCGUUGUAAAACGCA